AUGGCAACAACGUAUAGCACGCGUCUUCCGGUGGGAAACAAAGACUUCACCAAUGCAACGGUAGUCAUUAUUGGAGCCGGCAUAUCCGGCAUGAACAUGGCAAUUGAUCUCAUCAAACGAAACAACUGUCGCAACUUCAUCAUCCUGGAGAAGAGUAGCAAUAUUGGUGGAACGUGGAACGACAACAAAUACCCCGGCUGUUGCUGCGAUGUCUGGAGUUCCCUGUACAGUUACUCCUUCGAGCAGAACCCAAACUGGUCCCGAGAGUAUCCUGGUCAAGAGGAGCUCUAUGCAUACCUUGUCGGGAUCGCAGAGAAAUGGGGACUCUACAAACAUAUUCGAUUCAACUCGGCCGUAGAAGAAGCCCGCUGGGAUGAUAGCGAAUCCAAAUGGAAAGUCAGCGUCAACCUGACGGGACAGAAGGACAGCGAGUUCGCGCCCUCGUAUGUUAUCACCACUGACUUUCUCAUCUCCGCCGUCGGCCAACUCAACAUGCCGCGGACCCCCGAUAUCCCGGGCCUCGAUGAUUUCCAGGGGAAGCUGAUGCAUUCUGCCCGGUGGGACUGGAGUUAUGAUCUCAAAGGGAAGAAGAUCGCAGUCAUUGGAAAUGGAGCAACGGCCGCCCAGAUUAUUCCGGAAAUUGCACCGCAGGCUUCUCAUCUGACGGUUUUCCAGCGAACUCCAAAUUGGUUGAUCCCUCGCCUUGACGCUCCCAUAUCCGCUUUUACCAAGGCGUUAUUAACCUACAUCCCACCUAUUCGCUGGCGCAAACGGGCGAUGCAAAUGGAAUUCCGUGAGGGUUUCCACACUGCCGUCUUCGAUGAUGACUCGGAGUAUGCACAGAUGAUUCGAGAUUGGUGCACAGGUAUGCUCAAGAGCCAAUUGCCCAACAAACCCGAGCUUUGGGAAACAUUAACUCCCGACUAUGCGCCGGGGUGCAAGAGAACCAUUAUAUCCGACGACUAUUAUCCUGCUUUAGCCCGUGACAAUGUUGACCUGGAGACAAGGCGUAUCAGUCGCAUCACAAAGAAAGGAAUUGAGAUCGACGGGGCCGGCGAGGAGGAAUAUGAUUUCAUUGUGCUGGCCACGGGCUUCAAAACAGUGGACUUCAUGUAUCCGAUUCAAGUCUAUGGUGCUCACGGUCGGCCCCUCGCGGAUAUCUGGAAGGAUGGAGCCAAGGCCUGCUAUGGGGUCACGGUGGAGGACUUGCCCAAUUUCGGCAUGUUCUAUGGACCCAACACGAACCUUGGCCACAAUUCUAUCAUCCUGAUGAUCGAAGCACAGUCGCGGUACUUGAACGCCUUGGUGGGCGAGGUCAUUCGUUCUCGACAGCUGGGAAAGACCCUGACCCUCAAGCCAACACCCGAGGUGCUCAAAGAGUACAACGACCGAAUCCAAGCCCUCCUGCGGGAGAGUAGCUUCGCAGACCCCAAGUGUCACAGUUGGUACAAGAGGGAUGACGGAGUCAUCACCAACAACUGGUCUGGCACUGUCCUCGAUUACCAGCACGAGCUGGCAAAGGUCCACUGGGGGGAUUAUAUUGCCGAAGGCUCGGGUAGAGACCUUCUUACACGCAAGAAAACUACCCAGUUAGGGCGAGUUCAUGAGGAACUUUACUUUAGCAAUGCUUCGCUUCUUGCUGGGGCAGCUGGUCUUCUCGCCAUCGCAGGCGGCUACUUUGUCGCUCAGUCAAAGCUGCUGAAAGCACGCUGA